UGAUCUCAUGUCCAAAGGGCAGAAUCUGGUGUUGCAGUAAUAGCAAAGCGUGCUGUUAUUAUUGCUGAAAGUGACAACAGCUUCAAACACAACCAUGGUGGAGUACAAGAAAGAGGGAAAGCCUGUGGAGAGGAGAGGGAGACUGACUGUAGUCUUGGGACUGGCAACGUUCAUAUCUACAUUUGGUUCAUCCUUCCAGUAUGGUUAUAAUGUGGCUGUCAUCAACUCUCCAUCAGAGUUCAUGCAGCAGUUCUAUAACACCACCUACAUGGAGCGCUACAACAGCCCAAUGGAGGAGGACUUCCUCACUCUGCUGUGGUCUCUGUCGGUGUCCAUGUUCCCUCUUGGAGGCUUCUUUGGCUCUAUCAUGGUGGCUCCUCUGGUCAACAAGUUAGGGAGGAAGGGCACCCUCCUCUUUAACAACAUCUUUGCCAUCGUCCCUGCUGUGAUGAUGGGAGUCAGUGAGAUUGCCAAGACCUAUGAGAUCAUCAUUGUGGCCAGGUUUAUAGUGGGCAUCUGUGCAGGUCUCUCAUCCAACGUGGUGCCCAUGUAUCUGGGUGAACUCGCUCCCAAAAACCUGAGAGGAGCCCUUGGCAUUGUACCACAGCUCUUCAUCACCAUUGGCAUCCUCAGUGCCCAAGUGUUGGGCAUCAGACACAUACUGGGCAACAGCACAGGCUGGACUCUCCUGCUUGGCUUAACGGGUAUUCCUGCUGUGAUUGAGCUCCUGCUGCUGCCCUUCUUCCCCGAGAGUCCCAGAUAUAUGCUCAUCCAGAAGGGAGAUGAGAAAACAGCAAAGAAAGCACUGCAACGUCUGCGUGGCUGGGAGGACGUGGAUACAGAGUUGUUAGAAAUGCGUCUGGAGGAGCAGUCAGAGAAGGCCGAGGGCCGCCUGACUGUACUCAACCUACUGUCCCAGCGCUCUCUUCGCUGGCAGCUGAUCUCCAUCAUCGUCAUGAACAUGGGCCAGCAGCUGUCGGGGGUCAACGCGAUCUACUACUAUGCAGACAGCAUUUACGGCAGUGCAGGAGUCAGAGAGAAUGACAUCCAGUACGUCACAGUGGGAACAGGUGCAGUGAACGUCUUCAUGACCAUAGCUGCUGUUUUCAUCGUGGAGGCCUCGGGUCGACGGCUGCUCCUCCUCUGUGGUUUUGGGAUCUGUUGUGUAGCCUGUGUGGUGCUCACCAUCGCUCUCAACUUCCAGGAUACCGUGACGUGGAUGCCCUACGUCAGCAUCGCCUGCGUCAUCAUCUACGUUAUAGGACACGCCAUUGGACCCAGUCCCAUUCCUUAUGUGGUUGCCACUGAAAUGUUCAGGCAGACGGCCAGGCCUGCAGCCUUCAUGGUUGCAGGAUCCGUCCACUGGCUCUCCAAUUUCACUGUUGGCCUUGUCUUCCCUUUCCUAGAGAGAGGUCUGGGUCCCUACAGCUUUAUCAUCUUUUCAUUCAUCUGUCUGGUCACAUUGAUCUACAUCUGGAUUGUGGUGCCUGAGACCAAAAACAAGACCUUCUUGGAGAUCUGCCAGAUGUUUGCUAAGAGGAACAAAGUUGAGAUCAAACUGGAUGCAGGCGAUCUGCCCCUGAAAGAGAGCAAAGAAAGCCUAGAGGAUGCAGUAAAGGUCACGGCCUUCUAAAGAAAAAUGAAGCAUUGAGAAGACAGGAAGUGUUCCCUGUGGGAUAUUUUGAAGGGGGUGUUGGAUACUGGACUGGAGAAUGGUUUAAUUUAAACUCUAUUUUCUAUUUUGUGUGUAAUCAUUGCUCAUCUCUUUGUGUGUAGUUUGAUUGUGAAUGUAGAUCUUUCCAGUGCACGUUUUAAAAUACUGGAAAUUGAGUGCAUGAGUCAUUUAACAAACCAAAAAGUCUCCUGUAAGCCUUCAUUGAUGAGGCAGAGAUAUGAUUACAAUAUAAUACUUGGGUGAAGCUAUAACAUACGUUUUGCAUUAAAUACUGACCUUUUAAGUGCCAAAAAGACAUUUUAUUCUUCAUUGCACAUCGCAUAAACAUUUUAAAACCCCA